AUGUCUGCUAACGAAAAUGAAACACAGGUAGAGAUCCAGGCACAGGAGCAACAGACUGCAGUAGGCAGGGUGGCUGGCCUGCCCUUGGUCAGCUCUGCCUGUGAGAUGGCCUCUGCCAGCUAUGCAGCCACCAAAGAGACCCACCCAGCCAUCAAAGCUGUAUGUGAGGUGGCAGAGACUGGGGUGAUGGCCAUCACCUCUGCUGCCAUCAUCGGGGCACAGCCCAUCCUGGACCAUCUGGAGCCACAACUUGCAGCAGCCAAUGAAUAUGCCUGUAGAGGUCUGGACAGACUGGAGGAGCAGCUGCCCAUCCUGCAGCAGCCGAUUGAGAAGGUGGCUUUGGAUGCCCAAGACCUAGUGUGUGCCACAAUGGUGGGUGCCAAGGAUGCAGUCUGCAGCACGGCCACUGAGGCAAAGGAUGCAGUGACCAGCAUGGUGGGUGUGGCCAAGGGGGCUGUCCAGGAGAGCGUGGAGGUGACCAAAUCUGCGGUGACCAGCAGCAUGAGCACAGUGAUGGGCUCCAGCAUGGGGCAGAUGGCUGCAAGUGGCAUUGACAUGGCAUUGGCAAAAUCUGAGCAGUUGGUGGACCACUACCUCCCCAUGACAGAGGAGGAGCUUGCUGAGCUUGCAACAACUCCAGUGGAAGGAGCAGGAGAGGCUCCUGGAGAGCAGCAGAGUUACUACGUGCGUCUGGGUUCCCUUUCGAGUACGCUGCGCCAGCGAGCCUACCAGCACACCCUGGGCAAGAUGAGACAAGCCAGGCAGUGCACCCUGGAGGCCCUCUCCCAGCUCCAGCAAACCAUUGACCUGAUCAACAAUGCCAAACAGGCUGUAGAUCAGAAGCUUCACAAUGGCCAGGACCGUCUGCACCAGAUGUGGCUCCAAUGCUGCAGGGGGAAGUUUGAAGGGCAGGAGGGCCCAGACUCAGCAGAGGUUGAAGCUCAGGCUCUAGCCAUGUCCCAGAGCCUCACCCAGCAACUGAAAACCACCUGCCUUACACUCCUGGGCAGCAUCCAAGGCCUUCCCCACUCUAUCCAGGACAGGGCCCAGCAGGUCUUCAGCAGUAUAGAAGAGCUCCAGGCUUCCUUCUCCAGUGCCAGCUGUUUCCAGGAUCUGUCCAGCAGUGCCCUUGCCCAGAGUCGGGAGAAGGUGGCCAAGGCCCGGGAGUCCCUGGAUGAGCUGCAGGAAUAUGUGACGCAGAAUAUUCCCCUGGACUGGAUCGUGGGACCCUUCACUCCCACUGGAGACUCCACACCAUGUCCUGAUGAGCUGGUGGAGGAAGGAAAGAAGGUGGAGGCCUGA